AUGGGGAGUGCGACGGUCGUGAUUCGCGUCUUCCUCGUCGCGCUCUUCACCGCUCACCUAGUCAUGGGCAGCGAUCCAUUAGUCGACACGAGCACCAACGAAGCAACAGAAGCGGCCAGCAAUGUCCUGCCUGACAGCAACAAGCAGGCAGCAGACGCGGCCAGCAAUGUCCUGCCUGACAGCAACAAGCAGGCAGCAGACGCGGCCAGCAAUGUCCUGCCUGACAGCAACAAGCAGGCAGCAGACGCGGCCAGCAAUGUCCUGCCUGACAGCAACAAGCAGGCAGCAGACGCGGCCAGCAAUGUCCUAUCUGAGAAAGCAACGGAGGCGGGCGGCGAGGCAGUGAAGGAGGCGGGCAGCGAGGCAGUGAAGGAGGCGGGCGGCGAGGCAGUGAAGGAGGCGGGCGGCGAGGCAGUGAAGGAGGCGGGCGGCGAGGCAGUGAAGGAGGCGGGCGGCGAGGCAGUGAAGGAGGCGGGCGGCGAGGCAGUGAAGGAGGCGGGCGGCGAGGCAGUGAAGGAGGCGGGCGGCGAGGCAGUGAAGGAGGCGGGCGGCGAGGCAGUGAAGGAGGCGGGCGGCGAGGCAGUGAAGGAGGCGGGCGGGGAGGCUGCGAAGGAGGCGGGGAUCGAGGGAGACAACACCCCUGACGAAGACAGCACCCCUGGCGAAGAGAACACCCCUGGCGAAGAGAACACCGCCGGCGAAGACAGCACCCCUGGCGAAGAGAACACCGCCGGCGAAGACAGCACCCCUGGCGAAGAGAACACCGCCGGCGAAGACAGCACCCGUGGCGAAGAGAACACCGCCGGCGAAGACAGCACCCCUGGCGAAGACAGCACCGAUGGCAAAGGCAGCAUCCCAGGCAAAGGCAACACCCGUGGCAAAGGAGGCACCCCAGGCAAAGGCAACACCCGUGGCAAAGGCAACACCCCAGGCAAAGGCAGCACCCGUGGCAAAGGCAGCACCCGUGGCAAAGGCAGCACCCGUGGCAAAGGCAGCACCCGUGGCAAAGGCAAUACCCGUGGCAAAGGCAAUACCCGUGGCAAUGUCAGCACCCCUGGCAAAGGCAACACCCGUGGCAAAGGCAGCACCCGUGGCACCCGAGUGGCAGUGGUGGGUACGAGGAUGAAGGCGAUUGCCUCAUCAGUGAAGUCUGCUCGCUGUGCCACUGAGGACGCCCCAGAGGAGUAA